AAGUUAACACACCCCUAGUCCAUAGGAGCCUUACCAGAAGCAACAGCAGGUUUAUAUUUUUGCAAGCGACAAGUGUAGCGGGGCUAUUACACCAGGUGGCAUAGAGAGUAUGGGUUUGGAUCGAUGGAUUCCAGUGACGUCAUUCCACCCACACCCCUAUCCCGGUCACACUCCGGCAUUUUCCUCAUCCAGAAAAGCCCGCAAACGACGCGCAAGCUCCUGUUUUCUGUAGCAGGAUUUUUCCCCAAAAAGGGCAGCGAAUUCUUCUGGAUUUCUCCUCCAGAAGGGAAUUCCACCACUGCUUCUUUGCUUUAUUCGUUGUGGUUGCUGGACUAGUCCUCUAGUACCUGGCAGAUUAAGAGGCUUUGUGAUUUUGUUUUCUUUGUUGUUAAGUUUGUAAAUUUGCGAUUCAUUAGUUUUUGUUCUUCAUUUGAGAAUUGUUUCAGAGGCCUUCCAUCAUCCUAGAAUGGAACCUGAAGGAAAUGAUGACUUUCCCUCAGUUGUUGAAUUAAAUGUGGGUGGUGUACUCUACACCACUUCACUUAGCACAUUGACAAAGGAUACAAACUGUCUUCUCGGUCAGAUCUUUACUGGCAAAGAAAGCAUUGGCAAGGACAACAAAGGACGAUACUUUGUUGACAGAGAUGGCGUUUUGUUCCGUUAUAUCCUGGACUUUCUUCGUAAUCAGAAAUUAGUUUUACCAGAAAAUUUUCACGAGCGUGAACGUCUGAAGCACGAGGCGGAGUAUUUUAACAUGUCUGACUUAGUGGCAUGUGUUAAUUCUCUUGCACCAUCUACAACCACGAAGACGAUUCCCAGUCCUCUUCCCAGAAUGUCUUCCGUAUCAACUCCAACUUCCCCCGGGGGCAUGAUGACCGAAAGUGGCCGACCGGGAUAUAUCACCAUUGGAUAUCGAGGAUCUUUUGCUUUCGGGAGAGAAGGUUUGACGGAUGUGAAGUUUCGAAAGCUCACUAGAAUUUUAGUAUGCGGCAGAGUCACACUAUGUCGAGAAGUGUUUGGAGACACCCUAAAUGAAUCACGUGAUCCUGAUAGAGUCAAUGAAAAUAGGUACACAGCGCGGUUUUUCCUUAAGCACAUGUUUCUGGAACAAGCCUUCGACAACCUUCAGGAAGCUGGAUUCCAUUGCGUGGCAGCAGCUGGUUCUGGCACUUCUGGAAGUGGUAAUGAACCCUUGAAACCAGGGAUCGACUUUGAAGAAAAUCGCUGGAAUCAUUACAAUGAAUUCGUUUUUGUGAGGCCAUGACUAGGAUAUUAGAUGCUUGAAAAAGAAUGUGAAAAGAAAAAACCGUAUCACGUUUUCUUUUUUUAGAACAUUCAUCACUCACUUGUUGGCGAAGGCUUAUUUUGACUUUCGAAUCAACUCUUUGAGAUUCCAAAGACAUAUUGCUGAAAAAAUGUUCGGUAAUUAGAAGUCACAAUUUUUGUGUAGGAAGUAUUAAUUAUAUUCUCCACGCAUUUAUUGAAUCAAACUGUGUUUUCUCUCUAAUGGACUAGAAGAAGAUGGCAAGUUAUAUUAAAGUUAUUUUUCUUUGAUGCUUUUGGUGCUUUGUAGACAAUUUAAAUUGAAAAAAAAAAAAGAGAAGAUUAUUGCUUUUUGCAACCAUGUAA